AUAUCUGUUUUUGUUCGAUCGAUUCUGUGAAUCGAAUUAAACCAAUCAAUCAUUUGUUGACUUCGGUGUGUCAUCGUUUAUAAAUCAUCAUUUGGAUAAUGAUUCCAUAUUCAAUAUUGUCCACAUUGUUAUCGUUGAUUAUUUUGGAUUAUCAACAAUCGGCUGCUAUGGAACAAUUACAUCGACAAUUAACCAUAGCUGAUUCGAAUAAAAAUAUUCCGGCCCAAUCAGCACAGGUAGAAUAUCUACAAUUUAUCCGGUCAACAUAUGGUCGACAAAACCUAACCGAAAUUGCCGAAGAAUUUGAUUUGAAAAAUUUUGAACAAAAUUUCACCGAAUUUCAGAAAAAAUAUGAUAAACACUAUUUUGAUGGUGAAGAUCUUGAAAUUCGUCGUGCCAAUUUCCUGUAUUCAUUAAAGGUUGUAAAAGAUAAUGAUAAUGAUUAUAAAACUGGACGAGUGCCAUAUCGAUUGAAAAUCAAUAAGUUUGCCGAUUUUGGAAUGAAUGAAAAAAUAUUCAUCAAUCAAAAAUUAUUAACAGCCAAACAUGAAACAGCUAAUAAACCGAUACCAUUCAACAAUAAUCAUUCAAAAAUAUCGAUGAAUGUCGUUCGUAAAAUGAAUCAAACGUCGAUAACAUUUCCAGCACAAUUCGAUUGGCGUUCACAAAGUAUGGUAACAACCAUCGAAGAUCAAGGACAAUGUGGUUCAAGUUGGAUAUUUGCCGGCGUUGGUCUAGUUGAAAGUGCAAAUUCGAUUGCGGGAAAUCCAUUAGUAGUUCUAUCGAAACAACAAGUUUUGGAUUGUGUACUUGCACCAUUUUAUCUAAGUGAUGGAUGCAAUGGUGGUAUGUUGGAUGAUGUUUUCCAUUAUGCACGACAAGUUGGUUUAACUAUGGAAAAAACCUAUCCAUAUAAGGGCAAGCAAGGUGAAUGUCGUCAAGUAUUAGGUGAAUGGCGUGAAUGGAUUUAUCGUUAUAAUUAUCUUCCACUCAAUUCAUCCGAUGAAAUGAUUAUGUGGGUUGUUUAUAAUAAAGGUCCGGUUGCUACGUUAAUCAAUGCUGGUGAUCGUCAUUUUCAAUUAUACAGUGGUGGUAUACUCACCGAUGGUGGUGAUCGUGGUUUAUCCGGUGAACAUGAUCAAUAUGUACAGAUUAUCGGCUGGGGUAAUGAUAAUGGAUUAGAUUUUUGGUUGAUAAAAAAUAGCUGGGGACGUGAUUGGGGUGAAUCGGGUUAUGCAAGAAUGAUUCGCGGAGUAAAUAAUCGUGGAAUCAAUACAGUUGUUGCUUAUGCUGAAGCGCUGCCAAUUCGACAACCAGAACCACCAAAACCUACGACCGAAAAACCGGAACCUGAUGCCAGCAUUGGAAUGUUUGAACAUUCGAAUCAAAUGACCAUAAUGAUGAUAACAUUAAUAUUUUCCAUUGUGAUAUUAAUUUUAUUUAAUUAAAAUUCAUUUUCAAAAACAAA